CCAGGUCCUGAUGAAAGGAAGUCGGAGCUGCUGCCCGCCGGCUGGGAAGCCAACAAGGAGGUGUAUACACUGCGCUACAAGUCCACGGACGAUGCCCAUGAGCUGCUGCUGAAGGCCAUCAUGGUGGAAGACAGUAUGAUCCUCAACGUCAUGGAUCGCAGUUCUCAGAAGGUGGCAGAUGUGACCUUGGCAGUGGCCGACUACAUCAACCCGGAGCACCUGGACGAUUUCCACAAGGUGUACAGGAACACUGAGGAGCUGAGGACAAGGAUUGCUUCGGGCAUCAUCGCUCCCCUCAGGGCCACUGCAGAAAAGGCCAAAAAGGAGCCCGAGGCUGAGAAGAAGGAUCCUGACUUGCCCCGGGAUUACAACCCCCUGAGGGUCCCUCCCCGGCAGCCGGCAGGCACAAGAGCACCGUCCUGGCCUUCCCCCUUGAGCCCCUUUGCUGUUGGUGGGGAAGACCUGGACCCUUUUGGAGGUCGGAGUGGGGGAAUGAUCGUGGAUCCUCUCCGGUCUGGCUGCCCGCAGCCCGGCAUUGACCCGUCGUCGGGCAUUCCAGGACGGCUUCCCCCGGGAGCAGUUCCACCAGGCGCCAGAUUCGACCCCUUUGGCCCAUUAGGAGCUGGUAGAUCUGGGCCAGAUCCCGACCACCUUCCCCCUCCAGGCUACGACGACAUGUUCAUGUGAGAAGUCACCGCAUGGCUUCUCAUGGCUGCAGCCAGAGCAGUCUCCUGGGAAGCAGGAGCACUUUCCCCUCUUCGCUUCCCGUUCGGUGGACUUCGAUCUUUUCAGCAGCGUUUUUCUUCUCCCCGUUUGGGGCCAUGUUCCUGUGUGUCAGACCAGCUAUAAAGAUUUCCCUGUGUGCAGAAUAG